AUUCGAAUAAAAUCAAAACCAACCGAAGCGAAAGCUCGGAGAGACUAAACCGAAUUACCGCGACGCGAAGUGAAAAAUAAUUUUCGAGUAAUCCAUCAUGGCCUGGGGCUAUUGGUCCGCCACGACUGUGGAUCGUGGGCGAUCGCCGCGCCGCUUGACGCAGUGUGCACCACUUCCGGUCAAUAUAGUGCAGCAGGAGGAGGAGGAGGAGCAGCCCUGCCUGCCGCAGCAGCAGCAGCACCAGCAGCAACAGCAAUCCCAGCAGCAACAGCAAUCGCAGACCUGUCCCAGCACUCCGUCGGCCAAUCAGCAGGGCAGUGGCAACCUCUGCUACAGCCCCACCUGUCGAUCCCGCUGCUCGAGUCCUUGUCCAGGCUCGCCGUGCGGCUCCAUCACGCCGCCACCCCCGCCGCUGCUCACGUCCUCGCAGCAGCACCUGCACUCCAACAAGAACUGCCCAGCAGCCCAGCAACUGAUGACACACCUGGACUAUGCGGCCCGCAGACAAUCGCUCGACCAGCUGGACAGUCCCCAGUCCAAGUACUUUGACAUUCAGGCCAACCAGCUGUCGGACAUCAUGUGCCGCGGUGCGGUGGUCAGUUCGAUUCAGUCGGCGAACAACACGCUGACCCGGGGCGUCUCCAUGCACAGCCGGAGUGGCAGUGCCCACGGGAGCCACCAUGGCAGCCACCACAGUCACAGUCACCAUGGCAGUGCCCACGGAUCGCUGGGAUGCCUGCAGGGCGGCGUGGGAGUGGGCGUGGGCACUGGGAGUACGGGAAGCAUUGGCAUGAUGUCGGCGGGUCACAUCGAUACGGGGGACUAUGACGUGCCGCAUCCGCAUCCGUAUACGCAUCACUAUAUGCAAACGACGGCCUCGGUGACCCCGCCCCACACGUCGCUCAGUCGUCCGGGAUCGGCGGGUGCCGUGUGCCAGGGCCACGACUCCGGAUCGGAUUCCAGCCAGGGCUGCGGCGGAUCCAUCAUGGGCGGCAUGCUGGUCAUGGGCCAUCCGGGGCACAUGGGCAGCCUGGGUCACCACAGCGCCGGCAGCGGAUCGCUGGGCAGGUGCUCCAGCAGGUGUCACAAUACGAACACCACGACGACGGAUGACUCGGGUGGUGGCAGCAGCGGCGGCGGCGGUGGAGGAGGAGUACCUGGUUCCAUGGGCGGCGCCUCCAUGGCCGUGGGAAUGCCGGGCAUGCUGAUGGACUACCAUCACAGCCACCACAGCGGCAGUGCCGGAAGUGGCCUCAAUGGAUGCGGAGGAGGCAGCAUCGCUGGCGGCAGCAUCGGCGGAAGGAGCAGUGUCCUGGGCACGAUUCACAAUGGCCAUGGACACCACCAUCAGCAGUAUCACCACGAGUGCAUCCACUACGAGCGGCUGCCGAUUCCCGUGCCCAUACCCACUGUGCCCAUGGGCGUGGCACCGCCCCCGCAGCAGAUGUCGCAGCAUCAGCUUCAAUCGGAGGAGGAGAUCGAGCCGGCCUAUGCGACAGUAUUCCCCAAUGUUCCUCAAGCGCCGGGACUGUCUUGCGAUGGCGAAGAUCGCAGCAUCUAUCGACGCGGUGCUCGACGCUGGCGCAAGUUGUAUCGCGUCAAUGGACACAUCUUCCAGGCCAAGCGUUUCAACCGGCGUGCUUUCUGUGCCUACUGCCAGGAUCGAAUCUGGGGCCUGGGCCGUCAGGGUUUCAAGUGCAUCCAGUGCAAGCUGCUGGUGCACAAGAAGUGCCAUAAGCUUGUGCAGAAGCACUGCACCGACCAGCCGGAGCCGCUGGUGAAGGAGCGGGCGGAGGAGUCCAGUGACCCGAUGCCGGUGCCCCUGCCGCCGCUUCCCUACGAGGCGAUGGGCGGCGGGGCCGAUGCCUGCGAGUCGCACGACCAUGCGCACAUAGUGGCUCCACCGCCGCCGGAGGAUCCCUUGGAGCCGGGCACGCAGCGCCAGUACUCGCUCAAUGACUUCGAGCUGAUACGGGUCAUCGGACGAGGCAGCUAUGCCAAGGUGCUGAUGGUGGAGCUGCGACGCACACGGCGCAUCUACGCCAUGAAGGUGAUCAAGAAGGCGCUGGUCACCGACGACGAGGACAUCGACUGGGUGCAGACCGAGAAGCAUGUGUUCGAGACGGCCUCGAACCACCCGUUCCUGGUGGGGCUGCACUCGUGCUUCCAGACGCCCUCGCGGCUCUUCUUUGUCAUCGAGUUUGUGCGCGGCGGCGAUCUGAUGUACCACAUGCAGCGGCAGCGACGGCUUCCCGAGGAGCACGCCCGCUUCUAUGCGGCCGAAAUCAGUUUGGCGCUGAACUUCCUCCACGAGAAGGGCAUCAUCUAUCGCGAUCUGAAGCUGGACAAUGUUUUGCUGGACCACGAGGGCCACAUCAAGCUGACCGACUACGGCAUGUGCAAGGAGGGCAUUCGAUCUGGGGACACCACCUCCACGUUCUGCGGCACACCCAACUACAUUGCCCCGGAGAUCCUGAGGGGCGAGGACUAUGGCUUCUCGGUGGACUGGUGGGCACUGGGAGUCCUGCUCUACGAGAUGUUGGCCGGACGCAGUCCGUUUGAUCUGGCAGGAGCCUCUGAGAAUCCCGAUCAGAACACUGAGGACUAUCUGUUCCAAGUGAUCUUGGAGAAGACCAUUCGUAUUCCCCGCUCGCUGAGCGUUCGGGCGGCCUCUGUAUUGAAAGGUUUCCUCAACAAGAACCCCGCUGACCGUCUGGGCUGCCAUCGGGAAUCUGCAUUCAUGGACAUCGUCAGCCAUCCGUUCUUCAAGAAUAUGGAUUGGGAAUUGCUUGAGCGCAAACAGGUCACGCCACCAUUCAAGCCACGCUUAGACUCAGAUCGCGACCUGGCCAAUUUCCCGCCCGAGUUCACCGGCGAGGCCGUGCAGCUGACCCCGGAUGAUGAUCAUGUCAUUGAUAAUAUCGAUCAAUCCGAGUUCGAGGGCUUUGAGUAUGUGAACCCCUUGUUGAUGUCUCUGGAGGAUUGCGUCUGACACCACGAAAUGUGCGACUUACAUCCGUAUAAUAUGCGGCUCUACGGCGAGGAUUCCAGUGAUUACGAUUCCGUGGCUGAUGACUUGAGUCUCCUGCAUUUGAACAGCGCAGCGGGAGCCGGUGGAUCAGUCAGUAGCAAUAACAAUCUCAGCCAG